AUGGCACCGGAAGUGGACGCUCUGUUGCGAGUUUAUGAGCGCUCCAAGGAUGCCGAUAUAGAACGUGUCAGUUGGGCACCGUUGCCAACACUACACAGUGGACCGGACAAAAAUAAUCCAAACCUACGGAUUUAUAUGAUCGAAGUAAUGUCCUUAAGCAGCUUGUCUGGAUGCUAUUACUCGCCAAAUUUGGAAUUUAUGACAUGUUCCACUCCAAAAAAAAAAAAAAAAUUAUCUUGCUGGGCUGAAUCUGAGGUUGAACGGCAAAAAAGUGAAGCUCACAAGUGA